AUGCUCAUUAGUUUUGUUUUCGUUUCCCUUCUUUCUAUUCCUCUAUCGAUCACUGCAAAGCCAUUCGAGCAGCAUCGGUUGGCAGAGCGGACGUUCGUGGAAAUAGAAGCGGUUCAUCUGGUGGACACUGCGCUCGGCAUCCAGAUUGUGCACGCCGUCGUCGCACUUUCGGCAGUUCCUCUUGAUGAGGCACUAGCUUCCGAGAGUGUCUGGUACAUUCCGGAGCAGCAGGAAUUCCCGAAACUCGUGAGAAAUGUUCGAGGGGGAACAGCAGAGGGAUUAUGUGCUUUUCAGGGUUAUUUGACUUCUCACGGGUGGUUCUUUCUGCAUGAGAGUCAAUUCGAGAAGAUCAGAAAACGGGCGUACGCGCAGAAAGCUCCAAAGAACGCUCAGUUGGACGUGACCAGCCUUGUCAGACUCGUGCCGUCGUCAUUUGAGAAUGUGCAGUUCAUCAAGAAAGGUAGGUGGUUGCGCUUUUGUAACUUCUGUUAAUAGAUGUUCAGGGCCAAUCGGAGCCUACAUCUACAGUGAUGGCAGCCCCCAAAAAGCAUCGCAAUUUGAAGUACUCUAGCAGUUUUCGAAUAGAAAUGCAAAGUAUUGCAUUUGCAGGCCGUGCCAUCCAUGUCCACUCGAACCACAGACACUCAGGUCAUCAAAACGGGCAAUCUGGCGGCAUACAUCUACACGGAAGUGCCCGAGCCUCAGUCGUUUGUGCCCGGAGCAGAGUCCCUUUAUUGGCUGCUCCCGGCCAUCCCUCCUUCCCACAAUUCCCGUUCCUACACCACCCGACUUCAUGAUUCUUCCCUCCUACUCUAUCAUGGAAUGCCCCGAUUGAUCAAGCUGAAAGCAUAA